AUGGGGCCUCUCACUGAAGGCGACUGGAAGCCUAGCUGGAGUGACACCCUUUUUGCAAACGUCUGCAUACCUCUACCUUCGGAACGGAGUAUUAUCAUCCAUUCACCCCCUCAUUCUCCAUCACAAGAACCCGCAGCCAAACAUCUUAAAAAUUUUAUUGACAAAGGUAAGACCGUUAUCGAUCUUCACCCCGAACCUACCCCUCCUCCCAGUCCUACCCCUGCUCCCGAGUUAAAGGAUGUCAAAGUUAUCGAAUCUUCCAUUAGGCCAGUACCUCACCACAUCCCACAGAUUCGAGCACCUCCUCCUGACAAAGCUGGACCCUCUGUCCGACGCCCUUCACCACCACCACCUGCUUCUCGAUCGCCCCCACCCACUAUCGGCUGGAUUGAUAGUGACCCAGACAACCUGCCACCCUCUCCUCGCCCUCAGCCAGUGGACGACUCUCGUGACUCCGACAGAAUAGAGUCUGAACCCAGUGAGGAUUCCUUUCUGCCAGAGUUUUAUUUGUAG